UGAAAGGUUGUUCAUCAUCGGGUUUGGAUUUGGGGAGACAUUUUUAGGUGUCUACACAAGGCAAAGGGUGUGUCUCUUUUGUUGCCUUCUAAUGUUAUUGUGGCAGACAAGUUUGCUGUUGAUGCAAUUACUAUUUUUUCAUUAUUCUUUUUUUUUUUGUUACUGACAAUUAGUAUGAUGUGUGGCACAUUGUAGAUUGUCCUUGCAGCUAGAAUCCCAGAUGGCUGGAUGAGAUUGGCCUGGACAUCAGACCUGAUUCUAUUAAGAAAUUUAGUGAUGCUUUGGACACUAACCAGAUAAUCACCUGGAAUGGUCCCAUGGGAGUCUUUGAAUUUGACAAAUUCGCUAUUGGCGUAGAGGAUAUUGCAAAGAAGCUGGAGGAGAUUAGUAAGAAGGGUGCAACCACAAUUAUUGGUGGUGGUGACUCUAUUACAGCAGUAGAGAAGGUAGGAGUGGCAGAGGCAAUGAGCCACAUAUCAACUGGUGGUGGUGCUAGUUUGGAGCUGUUAGAAGGCAAAGAGCUGGUGGUGGUGCUAGUUUGGAGCUGUUAGGAGUGGCAGAGGCAAUGAGCCACAUAUAAGCUGGUGGUGGUGCUAAUUUUGAUUCUGUGUUGUUAUGCUGCUGCUUCUAUGCAGCCGUGCUACUGCUUCUGUGUAGUUGUGCUGCUGCUUCUGUGUAGUUGUGCAGCUGCAUAUGUUGCUCUUUAUUAUAGGUGGAUUUGGUGAAGUCUAAGGGUAAUUUAAAUGAAAUUUUCCCAUGUACAGUAUUUUGGUUUAUUUGUGUGUAACCUUGUAUUUUAUUUUAAUUUACUUUUUGGACGAAAAUUGUAAUAUUACUGUC